CACGUUUCGGUGGGAUGCUUUUUUUCGUCUUUCUGGUGCUCCCACGACAUAAAUUCCCCCUGUCGACCACGACUCAGCCAAGUAUACCGCCUCAGCCAGGUUCGCAGGGAAUUUCUUCUCAGUUCCUCGCAGAAGCUGUGUGACUUCUGCUGCUGAAGUCAACAUGGCUACCACUAUCCGCAUCGCCGACGAAGUCCACCCAAAAACUGGUGUAGAGUUCACUAGGACGGAUACACAGACAUCGAGGAAUGCCAGACGGGGCAGCAUUGGCGACGAUGGCAUCUACAAUAUCCGCUCUCGCUCUCGCCAGCCAUCUCGCGCUCCUUCUGGCGAUUACAAACCAGACGAUGACCCAGGACUACGCAAAGAAGGAGAUUUCAAGCAGGUGCAGGUGUUCAAAGGAAAAAUGCUGCUGUGGCUAGCAUACCAGUCAAUUGGUGUCAUCUACGGCGAUAUCGGCACCAGCCCUCUCUACGUUUACUCUUCUACAUUCUCCUCUGCACCAUCAUACAAUGAUCUGAUUGGUGUCCUGUCUAUUAUUAUCUGGUCUCUCACCAUGAUGGUUACAGUGAAAUAUGUGUUUAUCAUUUUGCGCGCCGACAACGACGGCGAAGGAGGAACUUUCAGUACUUACUCACUUUUGAGUCGCUAUUUGAACAUAACGAACCGCGACCCGCGUGAAGCCUCCCUUGUCCGCAUGCGCCGCCACGCAUCUGGUGACCUCGAAGCUGCGGGCCGUGUCAUGCGUCAAGGCAUCGAAUCGCACAAAUUUUUUCGGGGGCUACUGAAAGUCAUGGGCGUCCUGGCCGUGGCUAUGGUCAUCGCUGAUGGCGUCCUCACCCCCGCUCAAUCCGUCCUCGGCGCUGUCCAGGGCGCAGAAGUGGUCAACCCGAGUCUCUCGAAAGGCACGAUCAUUGGCAUCACAGAUGCCAUUCUGAUCGUCCUGUUCCUGGUCCAGCCACUAGGUAUCACCAAGAUCACUGUCGCGUUCGCGCCGAUCGUUAUCAUCUGGCUGGCAUUCAACGCCGUCUUUGGCAUCUACAACCUCGCCAAAUAUGACGCAUCGGUGUUCAAAGCUUUUAAUCCAGGAUAUGCAUUCAAGUUUUUGAUCCGCCAUGGCGAACAUGGUUGGAGACAGCUAGGUGGCAUUUUGCUCGCUUUUACCGGCGUUGAGGCACUCUUCGCCGACUUGGGGGCAUUCAGCAGGCGAGCCGUGCAGUUCAGCUGGCUUUGCUACACUUUUCCAUGUCUCCUGCUGGCAUACAUCGGCCAGGCAGCUUACAUCAGUGAACAUCCGGAAGCAUACUCGAACCCCUUCUUCAAUGCCGCUCCGCCGGGCACAAUCUAUCCAGCACUGAUCAUCGCCGUUCUCGCGGCCAUCGUGGCAUCACAGGCCAUCAUUACAGCUACAUUCCAGCUCCUCCACCAAGUGAUGAAACUCUCCUAUUUCCCACAACUCAAAGUCAUCCAUACAUCCAAGAUCUUCCACGGCCAACUCUACAUCCCUCUCGCCAACUGGCUCCUCAUGAUCGGCACGAUCCUCAUUGCCUCAAUUUACAACAACACCACAUCCCUCGGUAACGCCUACGGUGUCUGCGUCAUGUUCGUCACCUUUUUCGACACCUGCAUGGUCGCCCUGACGGCCAUUUUCGUCUGGCGCUUUUCUCCGUACCUGGUCUUCUUCCCAUGGCUGAUUAUCGCCUGCCUUGACGGCACAUUCCUUUCUUCGGCUCUAACAAAAGUCCCGGACGGCGCUUGGUUCACCAUCACUCUAGCGAUAAUCCUCGCGUCUAUAUUCCUACUCUGGCGCUUCGGCAAGGAACAGCAGUGGUUUGCCGAAGCUGAGGACCGCUUCCCGACCUCGCACUUUGUCCAGAUCGGCCGUGACAAUCAGUUGCAAUUGUCGAAGCGUUUUGACGGUGACCGCCUGAGCACGAUCAAGGGGUUCGGCAUCUUCUUCGACAAAGCCGGCGAAACGACACCCAUCAUCUUCAGCCAGUUCGCUAUCAAGCUCACGGCUGUUCCGGAGGUCAUGGUGUUCUUCCAUUUGCGUCCAUUGGAAAUUCCCUCGGUCCCUGCCUCCGAACGGCAUUCAAUCUCGCGACUCGCCAUCCCACACUGUUACAGACUUGUUGUUCGAUAUGGGUAUAACGACGAAGUCAUCACGCCAGAUCUUGCUGCGGUCGUGUAUGAGCAGAUCCGGCUCUACGUUUUGAGUGGAGACUCGAAGUCGAACCUCAUGCCUGACGGAAAGGAGGACAAGUCGAGUGACGAAACCACCCCGGCAGCCGAGAAGGUCGGUGAAGAGUCGUACAAUGCCGAACUCGCCACGCUUGAUGCCGCUUUUGCACAUAAGAUCAUCUACAUCAUCGGCAAGGAGCAGAUGAAGAUCAAGCCCAAGACAAAUUACUUCAGGAGGGUCUUACUUUGGGCUUUUCUGUGGAUCAGGGACAACACAAGGACCAAGAUGGCCAAUCUUAACGUUCCUAUGGACAGAGUGAUUGAGGUGGGAUUCUUGAAGCAAAUUUGAGAAACGCAUACACUGCUCUGGGAGGCUGGCCGUUGUUGGCAAUAUGCGAGAUAGACAUAAAUUGUAUUGGCAAUACUAAU